AUGUGGUUCUUGGAGAAGAUGCGGGCGUCCCCCGGAGAAGCCGCCGGCGCCGGCGCGCUGGGCCCCUGGUUCCUGGCGGUGCCCUCCGAGAAGGGCCAGGCGGCGGCUGCCCUCGCCUUCCCGAACAUCUUGACCCCAGACCGCAUCCCGGAGUUCUGCAUCCCGCCGCGGCUGAGCAGCGCCCCGCCGGCCAAGAGCCCCGGCCCGGGCCCGACCUUCCAGCCCCGCCGCAGCCUGACUGAGCCGGGCUUGCAGGAGGCGGCCUCCCUGGGCUCCUUCCCCUUCCCGCCCCACCUCAUCCAGGUGGAGAGCGUGGAGGAGCUCGUGGCGCCGGAGCAGGGCGGCACCAACUCGGACCCCCAGUCGCAGGCCGCCCUCUCUCUGCCCCACGUGCCCCGGGCCCAGAGCUCCUACGGCUUCUGCGUGCUGCUGGAGAGCCCCCACACCCGGAGGAAAGAGUCCAUCUUCCACAGCGAGGCCUCGGGCAGCUCCCUGGCCUUGCCCCGGUCCCGGUCCAGCAGCUACAGCGGCAGGGAGCCGGCCUCCAGCCCGCUGGCCGUCCGCCAGCCCCUCCCCAGCAGGCAAGGCGCCUGGGAUAGCGACACGGCCUCCUCCAGCGAGUCCUCGCCCUUCGGCUCACCCCUGCUGGGCAGGUCUCCCACCCGGCCCUGCGGCCUCCUCAAAGCCCGGAGCCAGGAGCGGCUGCUGGGCAAACCGUGGAGGGCCCGGAGGCUGUCCGGCACCACGUGGGCCGGCUCCCUGUCUUUGGACGAGGGCAGUUCCACGGACAGCAGCCCUGGGUCUCCCCGGCGCUCUUCAGAGAACCCCCUGCCGGCCCCCGGCCUCCUCCCCCUGCCGGGCCUCCCCCUGGACUACCCCUGUGGCCCGGAGCGGCUGGGCCGGGAGGCCACGGUGGCGAUGGACAGGGGGGGCCUGCUGCGCCUCUCCUCCGAGCACUGCCCCGCCAACCAGCGCCUCCGCAUCCGCCUGAUCAGCGUGGAGGGUCUCUAUGGGGAGGCCCCCCUGGAGCCCAAGAGCAUCAACUGCUGCAUCACCUUCGCGCUCCUGCCGGGGAAGCUGCAGAAGCAGCGCAGCACCGUCAUCAAGAGGAGCCGUAACCCCAUCUUCAACGAGGACUUCUUCUUCCUGGGCGUCUCCGAGGAGCACCUGCGCUGGCUCUCUCUCCGGAUGAAGGCCCUGAACAAGGGGGCCAGCAUGAAGAGGGACUUGGUGCUGGGGGAAAGUGAAGUGCCUUUGAUGCAGAUUUUGGCCGCCUGAGAAACCCACGGCCACCCCCGGAGAUCUAUUUAUUUAUUUAUUCUCUGUGUCUUAAUUUUUUUUUUUUAAAAUAAAGUGGAAUUUUAUUUAUGC